UAGCUUCCACAAUUGGCUGAACGGUAAAUGCUUCGUUCUUGGUUUGGUCCUUGCAGAGAGACAUGCAGAAAGCGUUGAGAGUGUACGGCGAGGUUCUGAGGUUAGUAAGGCGUCUACCGGUGGACACGAGGCCUUAUUAUGCUAAAUAUGUGCGCGAAAACUUCGUUAACUACAGAGAGGUCGACGUUAACGACACGACUUCCCUCGACGAGCUCUUUCGCCGAGCCUAUAAUCACUCCCUCUGGGUCCUCAAUAAGUAUUUGGUUGAUCAAUCGGCCGCUAAUAAGCUGAAGGAGAUUUGUUGCGGUUGACAAAGCAAAACAAGAAAAGACAGCGUCUGCAACCCAGGUGCUCGUUGUUAUGCCCAAAUGGGGUAGCCUCCAUUUGCUUUCUUCUGCCUUCCAAAUUUGAGAUAUUACAGUUUCUCUCUUUCCGACCUUUUGGUUUUCUGCAAAAACAUGAGUUAAUCAAACGUUUAGAAAUUUUAAUUUCGACAUGGGUUACGCUUAGUUGAUCAUUGUAGAGUAAUUGCAGUUUCUUGUUUUGAACUAGUUUAGUCUCGCUGGUUCGUUUUGGUACUGUAAGUUUGAACCUCUGAGAAUCUUUCAUUUCUCAAUUACUGGUGAAUUGGAACAAUUUAUGAACAGCAUUAUAUGGAUGUUGCUAGUUUUUAAAACGCAUUGUUCACUUCAUUUGAGUGUAGCAGAUGUUAAAUAAAGUUCAUGUUUCAGAA